UUCUCACUUCGCAGUCGAUCAUAACUUAUCAACGAUCAAUGUUUUUCGUGGUACCAUGUGUUUUGGAUGUUUUAUUUUUUACAGUGAUGUCUUCAUAAGGACGGAUAGGGAUAUUUUAUUGCAAUGAUUUCUUGAUGAAAAGUAAAGUUUGGAAUAUCGUGAAGAAUUGGCAAGUGAUAAAAACGUGAUGGAGGCACACGAUGCAAGGAUUAAUGGUCCUGAUGAAGCAAGGAAUAAGAAAAGGGUGACCCUGUCAGAGCUGUCGAGUAGGAAGGCAAUGGAGGCAGAACGACGGGCUUUGUUUUUCCAGGGGCUCAUGGAUGCCCUGACCUUCUCCAGCGUCAUGAAGGGCUACCAAAGCUUCGCGAAGACUGAGAUAAAAGAGUUGGUGCCAGUGACGCCUAGUGGGGCUAUAUUACGUCGUGACGUCAUACAUUAUAGUGAACUAUCAACCACUCCAGCCGCCCAAGCUUUGGGCGACCUGCUCCUACGACCACACGUCGUGGCUCUGUUAGACGCGCACGACAGCAUAGCAGCUGAUCGUCUGCCCCAGCCUUUCCUUCCUUUCAAGAGCAACAAAGCUGUGCACGAGCGGCCAUCUAAUUCUAGUCAAGUCGGCCACAUAAACGAAGUCUUCAUGCCUGAGGAGAAUGGCCACCUCGUGGACACCAUCAGGAUGGUCGGGAUACGUAGAGUGCCGAAGGACCAACCCCUCGGCCUGACGGUGAAGGAGGACGAGUCAGGAUACGUGGUCAUCGCCAGGAUACUCGCAGGAGGCCCCAUUGAAAAACAAGGACUUUUAAAAGUCGGGGAUGCUAUUCUCGAAGUCAACGGAGCUGAAAUCCUCUCUUUGGAAGAUUUAAACAAAGAAAUCAGCAAAUGUGGAGAGACUGUCAAUUUAAAAGUUCUUCCCGCCCCAAAAGACGUUAAUGCCACCAAUCAGGUAAACCAGAAGUCAUCAAACAUCGCUGAAACUGCCAGAAACAUUUGCUACCUGCGAGCGUAUUUCUCCUACGACCCAAAAGACGACAAGCUCCUUCCUUGCUGCCCAUCGCAGAGUCCUGAGGUCAUAGGACUCAAGUUUGAGAAAGGAGAUAUCCUUCAGGUUGUGGACCAGAGUGACCUGAGUUGGUGGCAGGCGCAGGUUGUGGGGUCCGAGGAUCGAAAAGUUGGUCUCAUCCCUUCACAGGAGCUGGAAGAACGCAGGAAGGCCUUCGUGCCGCACGAAUAUGACUUUGUACAUAAAAUUGGCAUCUGCGGCGCUAGGAUCUCAAAGCGCAAGAAGAAGUUGAUGUUCUCCUCGAAGGCGUCUAGUUCGUACGACAAGGCAGAACUCAUCAUGUACGAAGAGGUAGCAAGGAUGCCACCUUUCAUGCGCAAGACUUUGGUGCUCGUCGGCUGUCAUGGCGUCGGCAGAAGAACUAUCAAAAACCGUAUAGUCAACUCAGAUCCGUCCAAAUUUGGAAUUGUUCUUCCACACACAUCUCGACCAAUACGUGAAAUGGAGGAGGAUGGCAAAGCCUAUCACUUCACCAGCCGUGAUGCCAUGGAAGCCGACAUCAGGAACGGCCGCUACCUGGAGUACGGCGAGCUGAACGGUCACUUGUACGGCACCAAGAUCGACAGCGUCUUGGCUGUCAUCCGCUCUGGCAAGAUGUGCGUGCUCGACUGCGCUGCUGAUAGUCUGAAGUUCCUCCACAACUCCAGCGAGCUGCUGCCGUACAUUAUAUUCCUAGCGGCCCCCGGCAUGGACCAAAUCAAGCACAUGUACGCCGAGAAGAAAGGCUUCUACGGUUCCUCAGCCAAGAGCAUGACGUUUGAUCGGCAAAGCUCCAGCCGUUACAGCUCCCGGAGAGCUCGCACCCUCGAGUCGCUUGCCUCUCUCUAUGAGGAGGAUGAUUUUAAAAGAACUAUCGACGAGAGUGCUCGUCUGGAACGCAACUACGAUAAGUAUUUCGACAUCACGAUCAUCAACAACGAUCUUAACGAUACCUUCGACCUUAUCAUGGAUGCUCUCAACAGACUUGCAACAGAACCACAAUGGGUGCCAGUUACCUGGGUCUACUGAAGACCGUUUCGUUGUCUGUUGAAUGUCUAUCAAUGGUUUGAUUAUAGACAUCUUCGGUAUUUUGAUGAUAAUUUGACAGACUUCUGAUAGUGUGGAUGAUAUACUGUUGAUGAAUGGGUUCUCCAAGAUCUGAUUAAUGGAUCCUUCAAGAUCUGAUGAAUGGUAUCUUUAAGAUGAUAUGUAUGAUGAUUUUGGUCUUUCGAUCUUUUGAAUUUUCUGUGUAUUCAUAUUGGCUUAAUUUGGUUUGAUUUGGAGGUCGCUGAUGCAAUUCCGUUGACAUUUCCAACGACACUUUUUGCAAACAAUAUCCUAUUGCCUUUGAUAUUUUAUGUAGGUCGAUCGGUGGAUUUUCAUUCCUGGUAUAAAAUUCAAAACAAUUAAUUGUAACUGAUAAUUUUGCAAUAUGCGAAGUAGGUUGAAUUCGGAAUAAUGGUUCAACGUGACAAUAGAAUCAGCAAGGCAGAUGUACUCAGAUGUACGAAUUUAUUAAGCGUGGAAUUAUUCAGGUAAGUUCACUUUGAUUACUGAGAAUCAGUAACAAUAUUUUUGUCAUAUUUAAGAGGGCAAGUAUUGCCACUACUGCCUCUACACAAGUUAUUUUAAUGAAUUACUGAUGUUGUUGGUAUUUCACCACAUUGGUAAAUGAUUCACAAGGUAAGUUUUUGACGAUUGCUAAUCGUUGAAUGAUAAAAGUUUUACCAUAAAUCGAAAUAUAAUGAAAACAUGUUAAUUAAGUCAUAGAUCGCCCUUGAAUGUGGAAUUUUAUAACUGAUAUUUCCAUUUUCGACUGGGGCCAUUAUGAACGUUCUUGAUUAUUAAUGAUUAUUUACAACACAGGAAACAGAAAACUUCAUGUUUGCCUGUGGCAUAUGAUUUAUGCCGAUACAUUACCGCUAUUAUCUUAUUUUCCGCGCAAGGCCAUCGUCUAUUCAUUAAUAAUUUUCGAAUGAGAAGACCAGCGAGUCAUACAUUUUAAUUUUCAAUCCGAAAAUAAUUUUUUUUUUCAUUCAACUGACCAUGCUUGAUGCCAUGAUUUCUAUCUCUGCGGAUGACAUUGGAGUAAUAUAAACAGUGUUACGUCUCAAUCCAACACUUACCAAUUUGAGAACCAGUUUUAUUUCAAAGUAACUCUAAAUUUCUUAACCCUCACUAUGCUUCCUUCCAUCUUAAAUGGAUCUCUUAACGAUUUCAGCAUGAUUCGAGAUUCGGUUAACAUGUCAAUGACGGACAUCAUGUAUUGUUUUGGCAAUCAAGUCGCCAUUAUAAAAUUAUUGUGAACUGUCCCUUGUAACAUUUAUUGCAACGCUCAAAUUCAUCUUGCCUGUGAAACUUCACUACAUUUUAAAGAAAAAACUAAUUCUUUCUCAAAAAAGCUUGUUUCAUGAAACUUCAUAUACAAUAUACUUUCAUAUACAAUAUACUUUCUUUGGAACUUCAUGGAAGCCUCUAAAAGAAAAUUUCAUGCAUCACUUCAGACAUUUAAAAUAUUUUUUACUUUUGACUACACUUCUUUUAAUGCAUUGUUCAAGUUCGAUAGAGCCCGUUGAAAUGUUAUCUGACAGUUCGCAUGCACAUCAAUUCUUCUUUCAUUUAAUAAUUUUUCUGAUUCAAUUUGUGUUAAAAAUAAAAAUUCUAAUGAAGAAAAUCUUGCUAAUUAAGACGUACCUAAUCUAUUUGUUGUCUGCUGUAUAUUUAUUACAUAAAUAUUCUUCUCAAUUUUAGAUUUCAUCUGAUGUCGUUCAGUUUUCUAUAUUAUGUAAUCAAUAUAAUACUGAUAAAAACUGUUGAUAGUGUGCAAUAUAAACUCAAAAUUAUCGGCAAAAAAAUUACCUUCGAUGACUUAACAUUUUUCGAUAAAUGAAUACUUUAAUUAUCUUUUACUUAAAUUAGUCACAAUUAUGUAAAAAACCAACUUACAUUUACAUGCACUUGGUUAAAAGUUAUUAGCUCACAUAAUUAAUUUCAUGUGCUACUUGGAACAAUGCAUACUAUAAUUAUCAUUA